UUGGGGAGAGGUGAAAAAUUCCAUUUGUAAGAUGCUAAUUUGACUUUAUUUUUCGAGUUCACAGGAAUACCGUGUGGCGUUAAAAAAGUGGAUUAUCAUCGCCCAUUAUCACUUGGGGCGGGGGCGGCAUUGGAGUUAGAGGACACACGAAGAGCCAUCACCCACCACAUAUGUACAAGACAAUACCAGUACACUCUCAGCAGAUAUUAACACCGUCUCGCCGGACGGAUUUUCUCUCAUAACGUCAAAGUAACGUCAUGUAGAUGCGAGUUUGACAGCUACUGUGCUCGACUGUACAUAUAAUAGUACCAGGACAAGCCAGCUUAACUUUACUCGCUGUCUACCACUGUCUACGGUAUAUUAAAUGAUUCACGUCGUCUAACAUCCAGCAGCACAUUUGUCAAUAAUCAACAACAAUGAAGACAAGUGUCUAAAAUAAUAACGACUAUCAACACAGUAAUUACUAGCAAUAUUUAUAAGCAAAUAAGUGUGAGGUGUGUGAUUUUUUACCAGAAUAUGGAAGAAUGAUCAAGCACGGGAUUAUUUUACUGCUAUUGCUUGUAUUGCCAGGAUGGCAAGAGGCCUUGGGAUCAGUAUCUGUCAGAACAGUAGAAGUAGAUAUAGGACAAAAUUUAACGAUUGCUUGUACUGACGAAAAUGUAUCACGGCAUCCUGGUAAUUACACCAACGUCAUGUGGGUUCGGGAAGGAAGAAAAGACGGGCAGGUACGAAGAAUGAAAAUAGGAUCAAACAAGGCACUUGAGUUGGUAAAUGUUAGUCUCGAUGACGCUGGUAAUUAUUUUUGCACACUUGAUAACGAUGCCAAUGCUGUUAAAACACGAAUUAAUAUUCAAGUAAAAACACCUCCACCAGCACUUCACAAUGUUUGGGUUAAACCAUCGACAAUACUUGCUAACAUUCUGUGGGAAGUAGCAGGUACUGGUGGUUAUCCUAUUAUUGAUUUCACUGCCGAAUAUCGUCUCAAACCAGGUGUAGGUGAAGAACCUGAAGACUGGAAGCCUAUUAUGCCGACGCACAUACCUCCAAACUCUAGACAGAUUGAUGUUUAUCAUUUGGAGCCAAACACAACGUACUUGUUUCGCGUAUGGGCAACAAAUAAACUCGGGCGUGGUGACAUUGUUGAAGUUGAAGGUCAUACUCAUCACACUAUUGAAGAAUUAGAGCUGGCGAAACAUCUGUUAGCCGGCGUGGAAAAUUUUGAUACACGAAUCUGGGUAGCGGCGGUAGGAAUUGUUAUGGGAACUCUAAUGGUCCUUGGUUUAGGUACAUGCUACCUUCUGUAUCGUGAGUGCAAGGCACCCUCGCAGCUGGAGGAUCAGGAAGUGAUUGAGUUGGUACCAAAUAUUAUUUUAAAUCCGGGAUUUUUUGACGAGAGAUCGGAACGACAGCAUCAGCAGCAACAUCAGGACGAAAAUUUCAACAAUCAGACAACCACACGACUGAACAACAACAGUGUAAUAUUACCGAGACGACUUUAGCGUUUUAUUUACAAUUGAUUUAAAAAUUUUUUUACUACUGGUCAGUUAUUCAUUAUUAAUUACUGAUAUUGAUAUUGAUAUUAAUGUUGAUCAUAUUUAUAAGUAAAAUUAUUUGUUAUUACUCAAGGAUAGACCGGUAGCUUUAAUGACGCAGGAAUUUAUUUGUUAUAAUGCAAAAGUGUUCAAAAUAUUAAUAAUAAUAAUACUAUUAAUAAUAUUAAUAAACGAUUGUAAGACUUUGCUAUAGAUUUCACACAUGCCGAUUAAAAUUUAAAAAAAAAAAAAACUGCGGUCGCUCGUGUAAUAUUACGACCACGUUGUUGUUGCUUGUCGACUGGAUUUUUUCACUGUAAGUAACUUAUUUUUACGAGCUGACGAAAGACUGGAGAUUUUAAAAACCUUUACCAGUGAUAAUUUUUAAAUUAUUGUCCAUUGAAUGACGGAAUUUUUUUUUUUUUUUUUUUUUUUUUUAAUUAAAAAACAAAGACUGUUACGUCUGGCGGUUUUGCAAUUUUUUUUUUACUGUUACUUUUUUUUGGCAAUAAUUGAACCGCCUUUUUGAUCUGAUAUAUAAUAAUUGCUUGACUAUUAAUACCAAAGAAAAAAUAUAAGCAAAAAAAAAUAAAUUUUUUCACAUUUUAUAUUUUUAUUCUCUUGUUUUUAUAACAAAAGGUGCUUUGUUAUUUUUAUAACGACACUUGAAAAAAGUAAUGAAGCUUUUUGUUGAAAAAAGUAAGAUCAUAGCCUUAUUAAAUUGAUAAAAAAAAAUUUCUUCAAUGAAAAUUUCAAUUCUGACACUUUUUAUUAAUAAAAUUAAAUUUUAAUAAUUAUUUUAUUUUUGUUGUUGAAAAUUUCUCGUCGAGAUUGCGCUUUUGCUCUCGUCACUGCAGGAAGAUGUUGCAUUAAUAUUGAUAAUGAUAACAAUCUACGAAGUAUUUAAGAAAAAAAAAGUAAUAAAUCGCUUCUCAGUAGAAUUUUCUACACUUCCAGCUUUAUAAUUUAGCCGAUAACUCUAAUUACUCAAUUUAAUAUACUAUCAAAUAAUAUUACUACAUAAUAAAACAAAAACGCUUUCUAUGCAGCUUUAAUGAUAUAUUGUUUUAAUUCGACAUUGAUAUUUAUUUCACAUUUUAAAUUAUUGUAACUGUCAAAUAACCACGAAACACUCAACUGAAAUCAUACUAACGAAUUUUUGCACAAGUUUCACAUAAUAAAUAAAAAUAUACGUAAUUAACGAAGUAAGUGCGAUACAGAGCCUAAAUAACUAAAAAAUCAUACAGUUAGCUUCAAUAAAUAAAUAAUUCUCUAAAAUCAUUGUUAGAUAAAUUGUAAUCAAACGUGAAAUGAUCAGAAAGAUAAAUGUGAUUAUUUUUAAAUACAGAUUUAAUCACUGGAGACUUGAUCUCUAAAAAAUUCAAUAAUUUUUUAAAAUUAUGUCUUCGACGGAUUAUGAAUAGUAGCAUAUCAGAUGGAUUCAUUGCAAAAUACAUACAUUUCAUACCAUAUAGAAUAAAACAAUAUAUAUUAUUAAUUGAAAUAAAAAUAUGAGGAUGAACGUGUGAUCGUAGUAUGAUUUUAAAAUUUUUAUUAAAAAAAAACGAAAAAAAAAA